CUGGGAGCGUUUAUCUUGCACCCUCACGUUCUCCUGCACAACACCUUCGCCCUCUCCGCCGUCAGUGUGUCUGUGUCCCGGCGAGAGAGAGAAGUGUAAAGCGUCUCCCACAAGCUUCUUUGGCCCAAUGCUCCGGUUGCCUUGAACUGCCGUAGAUACUCUCAACCCCUUGUAAGACUGUAGUGCCAUAGGUGGUGAAGCGGUACAGAAAGCAAGAUAAAGAAGCGUUGGAACAAGAAAGGAAACUGUAUUGUACCUUCCGUCCUCACUGGCUUUGUUCUGCUCUGCCUUACCUUAUCGAACUGUUACAAAUUUUCAGCUCCUCGUAAGACUGCCGAAGGUGGUGAAGCGGUACAGAAAGCAAGAUAAAGAAGCGUUAAAAGAAGAAAGGAAACUGUAGUGCCUUCCGUCCUUACUGGCACCGAUCAUGUCCUGUUUUCGCUGCUGAGUGCCACAUACCCACACUCUCAAGCUCAUCGUGACGUGCUGUGCAAGAGAGUUUCUGCGACGCUUCGUUUUGCGUGCGUGUGUGUCCACGAGUUCUUACCGCGGCACAUCACCACCACCACCACCAUGUCCUACCGCAGCACCUCCACCGCCGGCAACUACACCGAGCCCAUAGACGACGGCCGCCUCUUCGCCCUGUACCCACGACAAGGCAGUGAGAGUCCAGUCUUCGGCCACGGGGGGUUCCGGGUGGAUCCAGCCUUGCAGGACAUCGAAGCCAUGAUGGAGUCGGAGGGUUCGCCGCGCGCCAACAAGAUCUCGGCGCCGUACGAGGUGCCGCAGUUCCCCAUCGAGCAGAUCGAGGACAAGCUGAAGCUGCACCGUCACCUGAGUGCUAUUGUCCUCCCCAGAGUGGAGCGCCAGUCCAGGUAUGAGCCAUCAGAGACUGCCGCCGAUGAAAAUGAUGCCAAGACCUUUGAUCUGGACGAGGCCGACCACACUCCCCACUACCAGCGCGUCUACAUCAGCGGCGAGGAGACCGCCAGCGAGAAGCAGGAAGUCAUGGGGCAGUACCUCCUAGACAACCUGAUCACCAAUGUGCCUGUAGAAGACAUCUCCAAAUCCUCCAAGCUGCUCAUCGAAGCCCUCAGGCUCCGCGAGAAGUACAUGGCCUGGGCGAUCCAGAGCUUCCCCACGGUGACGGAAAGGUUCCUGCGCGAGGCUGGGAUGGAGGAUCCGAUGGGUCGCAGUCACAAGUAUUCUGGAGCCUGCAGUGACCCCAAGAGUCUGGAAGCAGUGCAGAUGUUGGCUGAUGGAGAGAGUGGGCAAACCAACACCAGCCCGGACCACCCCAUCCACCCGCCCCGCAAGGAAGUGAGUCCCUGGAAGAUUGACAUCCCAGAGAACUGCGGCUACAAGCUGACCAUGGUGGACGGGGUGUUCCAGGUGUACGCCAGCGAGGAAGAACAGCAGCAGGAGAAGCCACUUCCAUACCACUACCCCAACCUGACGCGCUACAUCCAGGACGUCAAACUGCUGUGUGCCCUCAUUGGCAACGGCCCUGUUAAGUCUUUCUGCUACCGCCGCCUCCAGUACCUCAGCUCCAAGUUCCAGCUGCACGUCCUCCUCAAUGAGAUGCGGGAGUUGGCGGCUCAGAAGGCGGUUCCACACAGAGACUUCUACAACAUCAGGAAGGUGGACACUCACAUCCACGCUGCGUCCUGCAUGAACCAGAAGCAUCUGCUGCGUUUCAUCAAGAAGGCCGUGAAGAAUAACCCUGACGAGAUAGUGUGUUGCAAAAAUGGUGAGAAGAUGUCCCUGGCUCAGGUGUUUGCCUCCCUCAACCUCACGGCCUACGACCUCUCUGUGGACAUGCUGGACGUGCACGCUGACCGCAACACCUUCCACAGGUUUGACAAAUUCAAUGCCAAAUACAAUCCAGUGGGAGAGUCACAGCUGAGGGAAGUGUUCCUGAAGACCGACAACUACGUCGAGGGGAAGUACUUUGGCCACAUUAUCAAGGAGGUGAUGGCUGACCUGGAGGAGAGCAAAUAUCAGAACGCUGAACUGAGGCUUUCAGUGUAUGGGAAGAGUGCCGAUGAAUGGGACAAGCUGGCACAUUGGGCGGUGAAGCACAACGUCCACUCCGAGAACGUCCGCUGGCUGGUGCAGGUCCCGCGCCUCUAUGAUAUCUACAAGAACAACAACAUCCUCGACAACUUCAGCGUCUUCCUCGACAACCUGUUCCGUCCCCUGUUUGAGGCCUCCAUUGACCCCAGCAGCCACCCAGAGCUCCAUGCCUUCCUCCAGCACAUGGAUGGGUUUGACAGCGUAGAUGACGAGAGCAAACCUGAAACCUCCGUGCUAGACAAACACACAACGCCGCCGCAGAUGUGGGCAGACAUGGAGAACCCUCCCUACUCCUACUACCUCUACUACAUGUACGCCAACAUCUGCACCCUCAAUCAGCUUCGUGCAGAGCGAGGGAUGAACACCUUUGUGCUGAGGCCUCACUGCGGAGAGGCCGGCUCCAUCCAGCACCUUGUGAGUGGCUUCCUGCUGGCUGAAAACAUCUCCCACGGCCUCCUCCUCCGCAAGGCUCCCGUCCUCCAGUUUCUUUAUUACCUAGCUCAGAUCGGAAUAGCCAUGUCACCCCUGUCCAACAACUCCCUCUUCCUCAACUACCAUCGGAACCCCCUCCCGGAGUACCUGGCGCGUGGGCUGCUCAUCUCCCUCUCGUCAGACGACCCCCUGCAGUUCCACUUCACCAAGGAGCCGCUCAUGGAAGAGUACUCGAUCGCCACUCAGGUCUGGAAGCUCUCGCCCACUGACAUGUGUGAGCUGGCGAGGAAUUCCGUCCUUAUGAGUGGCUUUAACCAUGAGAUCAAGCAGUUCUGGAUUGGCCCCAACUUCACCCGGGAGGGAGUGGCCGGGAACGACAUCAAACGAACCAACGUUCCCAACAUCCGAGUGGCCUACAGGCAUGAGACCCUCCUGGAUGAACUUGCCAACAUAUUCCGUCUCCCUGAAGAGAAGGAGAACUGAGCCGUACCAUGACACCCAUCCAGCCACUCCGAUGUAACACCCGGACUGUCAGCAUGUGAUAGCAGCCUGCCAGGUCAAGCAUGUGGCUACUCCUUUGGGCAGGCUGUUUCUGGACAGGUCUGAGUCUACAUCAACAGAGGAUGGUCAAGUCUGUCCUGUUUCUUCUGUUUCAGGAUUAGUCAAGAUGCUAUUCCAUUCAUCCAUACUUGUAUAUUUUCAUUGUUGUAUGUAUAUUUUAUUUUUCAAGCACUCUCUCUUUCAGUGAUAAGUGUAUUCUGACUUUAGUGAAGAUGUAAACAUAGUGAGGGCAGCGAGCGGUUGUGGCCAAGUGCCAAGCAAGCUGUGUCCGCCUCACCCGCCCGCCCACUAGCAUAGUGACAGUUGCCAACUUUCUCAUGUAUUGCUAUGGACUUUAGUAACAUGUUAUAGUUUUGAUGUUUUGAAGGAAAGUGUUUAUCAUUAUGUGAAAAGGCGCACCAAAUUGGAGAACAUUAUGUGACUAAUUUUUUUCAGUGACUGCACAAAGUUGGGCAAAAUUUUAGUUUUAAGGUGUUGCUGAUGGUGGUUAAGGCCUUAGGGAGGGAGAAAGUUAAUAAUAAUAUAUGAAGAUGUUGUAGCAGUAAUUUAAUUAAGAAUAAAUAAUAGGUAUUUAUAAAGAGGUGGCUAUGAGGGAACCCAAGUAAAUGUUACUAUAAAGUUGAGGCAGAAUGUGAUCUUAGCACCAGAGCACUUGUGGCAGGUGUGUGGUGUGGUGCAGUGCCACAGUGCCACAGCAGGUGUGUGUUACAGUGCCACAGUACCUGCAGCAGGUGUGUGUGGUACAGUGACACAGCAGGUGUGUGUUAAAAUGCCACAGUGUAUGCAACAGGUGUGUGACAGUGCCACAGUGCCUGCAGCAGGUGUGUUACAGUGCAACAAUGCCUGCACCAGGUGUGUGUGGUACAGUGCCUCAGUGCCUGCAGCAGGUGUGUGUGGUACAGCGCCACAGUGCCUGCAGCAGGUGUUUGUGGUACAGUGCCACAUCAGCUGUGUAGGUGUGUGUGUUACAGUGCCACAGGAGGUGUGUGUGUUACAGUGCCACAGUGCCUGCAGCAGGUGUGUGUGUUACAGUGCCACAGUGCCUGCAGCAGGUGUGUGUAUUACAGUGCCACAGUGCCUGCAGCAGGUGUGUGUAUUACAGUGUCACAGUGCCUGCAGCAGGUGUGUGUGUUACAGUGUCACAGUGCCUGCAGCAGGUGUGUGUAUUACAGUGCCACAGUGCCUGCAGCAGGUGUGUGUGUUACAGUGUCACAGUGCCUGCAGCAGGUGUGUGUAUUACAGUGCCACAGUGCCUGCAGCAGGUGUGUGUGGUGUAGUGCCACAGUGCCUGCAGCAGGUGUGUGUGGUGUAGUGCCACAGUGCCUGCAGCAGGUGUGUGUGGUGUAGUGCCACAGUGCCUGCAGCAGGUGUGUGUGGUGUAGUGCCACAGUGCCUGCAGCAGGUGUGUGUGGUGUAGUGCCACAGUGCCUGCAGCAGGUGUGUGUGGUGUAGUGCCACAGUGGAUGCAGCAGGUGUGUGUGGUGUAGUGCCACAGUGGAUGCAGCAGGUGUGUGUGGUGUAGUGCCACAGUGCCUGCAGCAGGUGUGUGUGGUGUAGUGCCACAGUGGAUGCAGCAGGUGUGUGUGGUGUAGUGCCACAGUGGAUGCAGCAGGUGUGUGUGGUGUAGUGCCACAGUGCAUGCAGCAGGUGUGUUACAGUGCCACAGUGGAUGCAGCAGGUGUGUGUGGUGUAGUGCCACAGUGGAUGCAGCAGGCGUGUGUGGUGUAGUGCCACAGUGCAUGCAGCAGGUGUGUUACAGUGCCACAGUGGAUGCAGCAGGUGUGUGUGGUGUAGUGCCACAGUGCAUGCAGCAGGUGUGUGUGGUGUAGUGCCACAGUGCAUGCAGCAGGUGUGUUACAGUGCCACAGUGGAUGCAGCAGGUGUGUGUGGUGUAGUGCCACAGUGCAUGCAGCAGGUGUGUUACAGUGCCACAGUGGAUGCAGCAGGUGUGUGUGGUGUAGUGCCACAGUGGAUGCAGUAGGUGUGUGUGUUACAGUGCCACAGUGCCUGCAGCAGGUGUGUGUGGUGCAGUGCCACAGUGGUUGCAGCAGGUGUGUGUGGUGUAGUGCCACAGUGCCUGCAGCAGGUGUGUGUGGUGCAGUGCCACAGUGGUUGCAGCAGGUGUGUGGUGCAGUACAUGCCACAGUGGUUGCAGCAGGUGUGUGGUGCAGUACAUGCCACAGUGGUUGCAGCAGGUGUGUGUGGUGCAGUACAUGCCACAGUGGUUGCAGCAGGUGUGUGUGGUGCAGUACAUGCCACAGUGGUUGCAGCAGGUGUGUGUGGUGCAGUGCCACAAUACUCACCAUGGUGUGUUGUGAUGCAGGUUGUGGUGCCUGCAGCCAUGUGUUGUGAUGCCAAGGAGCACCUCGACAGGUAUUUUGUGAUGCCAACAACCUCCUUCAAGCCCCUGCAUCUUGCUGUGCAGGAAGCUCUGAGCUUUAUUGUUGGAUUUUGAUAGUUGUUGAGACAGUAUACAGUUUAUUAUAAUAGUUAUUAUAGUCUUUUACUAAAAAUUAAAUAUGAAUAUUAUUUC